AUGCGCUUCCAAGACUGGGACAUCCUGCUCUUUCCCGCGGGCGAGGGCGCAGCACACAGCAUCCCGCUGCAGGAAUUCCGCACCGCCUGCUACUCCGAGCAGCACGAUCCCAACUCGCCCUUCCUCACGCCGCUGCUGACCACCUUCGUCCCGUCGCUGGAGCCUGGUGCUGCUUUCCAGAUUAGCCUGCACUCGUGGACCAAGACGGCGAACGUGUUGGCGAAGAAUGAUAAGGGGUCCAAGCCCAGGGAGGUGUGGCAGGUGAGGGUUGUGGUGGAUGGACAGACGGUUGCCAAUGAGCAUCUUCCCAUGGCGGGCUCGUGGCCGCAGGUGAUCUCCAAGUCUCCAUCGCCGGUUCAGGGCGAGGAGGGUGAGGCGCUCAAGUUCCCACCCUUCCACCGCGCGCUUACGACACAGAGCCACUGGGAUCCGUCCGAUCCAGUCGGCAGAAUCAGAGUCGAGCUCUGCGCAGGCUACAUUGACUCGAAGAAGGUCCGCUUCCAGAGGUUGCAUGCUCCCGUCAACUUUGCCUUUCAGCCUGCUCCCAUCGACGUUCUGGAGGGCAGUGGCAUCGCCUGGCCGAACCUGCGCAUGUACAUGAAUCCGCUGUAUGCCCACACCUACUACAGAACUGUGACUCCGACUCCGGUUCCCACGCCUAGACGCCUUGCUAGCAACAACAUCCUGGGCAGUCCAAUGCCGUUCGCAGACCUGGACAGUCACGUCAUGCUCGACGCGUCCAAUCCAUUCGUGCAGUAUGCGAACGGCAUGCAAGACACGGGCACCCGCUCCACCUCUGCCUACUCGAACAUCACCGAUUCUGCUGCACCAUUGUUCCACAAUGCUCCGAGUGUUCCGACCUACCCUGCGGCCCAUGGAGAGACGACACCAAGGAACCGCCAAGUUCAGUUCCGCCUACCCAGCGACCAGCUCCAGAUGAUCCUCCAAGCCAUGAGCCCGGCAUCCUCAGAUCGUCCUACGCCAGCCCCUGCCUCCAACAACAUGCCGCCACCUCCCCUCCCUACGCUCACCACAGUGCACAAGGGCACGGAGUUUCCUUCGCCACAGUACCCGUCGCUUGGCUCCCCGUUCCGCUCGGGCACGAACUACACCAGCGACUGUCGGGCUGAGUCACGCUACUCGGACGUGAGCAUGCACGCCGGCUGCAACGACUUCCCCUCCUGCACAUCAGAGGACGCCGAAGGCCGUCUCGUCCACAGCAAUCACCCCAUCACUCCGGCCAAAGUGGUCAAGGGGAAGAAGGAGGGCUCGUCGCCGGGGAAGCGUAAGUACACGAAGUCGUUUGUCGUUGCGAAAGCAGAUGACGAUUAUGCUGAGUACCCGCCUCGUCGCAGCCCGCGACUUCUUCAGCACGAUUCUGGAUGCGACGGCGGAGAGGUUGACAGCAGCGGCGAGCAGCACAAGGACCACGUCAACGCCGGCGAAGCUGACGAGCAUGUCGUUGUCGAGUCCGGGUGA